CAUUAUUGGAUCAGCCAAAAAGAGAUUUUGGAAGAGAGAAUGUCUGGCGUCCAAAGACCGUGGUCCGAUACAACACCACUCCUGGCCCACCACCACCAACAACCACCACACCGCUUUUCGCUAGACUCCAAUCGACUCUCGUCCGUCGAAAUGACGACCGCCCCGGCCUCCCUCCGUUCUGUUUUUCUCGGCGUCGAUGUUGGCACUGGCAGCGCUCGUGCAGGUCUUUUUGAUGAGAAUGGGAAACUUGUAGGUUCUGCCAGUAGCCCAAUACAGAUUUGGAAGGAAGGUGACUGUGUUGAGCAAUCUUCAACCGAUAUUUGGCAUGCAAUCUGUGCUGCUGUUAAGGCAGCAUGCUCCAUUGCAAAUGUUUCUGGCGAAGAAGUAAAGGGUUUGGGAUUUGCAGCUACUUGUUCCCUUGUUGCUGUGGAUUCUGAUGGCUCACCUGUUACUGUUUCCUGGAGUGGUGAUACACGAAGAAACAUCAUAGUGUGGAUGGACCAUAGAGCUGUAAAGCAAGCUGAGAGGAUCAAUUCCUUUAAUUCACCAGUAUUACAGUAUUGUGGUGGAGCUCUUUCCCCUGAGAUGCAGCCACCAAAGCUUUUAUGGGUGAAAGAAAAUCUGCAAGAAUCUUGGUCAAUGGCAUUUAGGUGGAUGGACUUGAGCGAUUGGUUGUCAUAUAGAGCAACAGGAGAUGAUACUCGGAGUUUGUGCACCACGGUGUGCAAGUGGACCUAUCUUGGUCAUGCACACAUGCAGCGAAUCAAUGAGGAAGACUCCCGAGAUAUGGAGGCUUGUGGAUGGGAUGAUGACUUCUGGGAGGAAAUUGGCUUAGGUGAUCUUGUGGAUGGGCAUCAUGCUAAGAUUGGACGGAGUGUAGCUUUCCCUGGACAUGCUUUGGGCUCUGGUCUAACACCUGAUGCCGCAAAGGAACUGGGGCUGGUAGCUGGAACUCCUGUUGGAACUUCGCUAAUUGAUGCUCAUGCCGGUGGUGUAGGGGUAAUGGAGAGUAUUCUAUCGCCAGAUUCUGAAUCUAAAGAUUUUGGUGAGGAAGCUAUAUGCCAUCGUAUGGUUUUGGUUUGUGGAACUUCUACUUGUCAUAUGGCUGUGUCUCGAAGCAAGUUAUUCAUACCAGGGGUCUGGGGACCAUAUUGGUCAGCGAUGGUGCCUGAAUACUGGCUUACAGAAGGUGGCCAGAGUGCUACUGGUGCAUUGUUGGAUUAUAUAAUUGAAAACCAUGUUGCUUCUCCGCACCUUGCAAAUCGUGCUGCUUCUCGAAGUAUUUCACUGUUUGAACUGUUGAACAAUAUAUUAAAUUCAAUGAUGCAUGAGCUGGGGACUCCUUUUAUUGCGGCUUUGACUGCUGAUAUACAUGUUCUUCCUGACUUCCAUGGAAAUAGGUCUCCCAUUUCAGACCCAAAAGCAAAAGGGAUGGUCUGUGGUUUAACUCUUGACACUAGUGAAAAACAGUUGGCCCUUUUAUACUUUGCAACGGUACAGGGUAUCGCAUAUGGUACACGUCACAUUGUAGAGCACUGCAAUGCGCAUGGGCACAAAAUUGACACGCUACUUGCAUGUGGUGGACUUGUAAAAAACCCCCUGUUCAUUCAAGAGCAUGCAGAUAUCAUUGGUUACCCUAUAAUUCUUCCACGAGAAAGUGAGUCUGUGCUCUUGGGUGCUGCAAUUCUUGGUGCUGUUGCUGCAAAGAAAUAUUCUAGUCUCAGUGAGGCCAUGAAGGCACUGAAUGCAGCCGGUCAGAUAGUCUAUCCAUCUAAAGAUCCGAAAGUGAAGAAGUACCAUGAUGCCAAAUACUGUAUUUUCCGUGGACUUUAUGAAGAGCAGCUAUCUCAUCGUUCAAUCAUGGCUCAAGCUUUGGCAUAGGUUACAUGUGCCUGGUCUCAUGAUCCCACUACAAUGCAACCUCAGAUUGUAAGAUUGCUUUGUAAAGUGAACUCUGAUUGUUCAAAAAUUGUUGAUUGCUUCUGUUCUGCUCCUAAUUGUGAUUUCUCUUAGGUAACUGAUUUGCAGAAGCGUCUUGAACAGUAAACCAAAUUCAAUUCUUACUCUGCCUUUAGCCGAGAUCAAAUGUAAAAAAGGCUAUUCCCAUCCUUUAUUGUUUUCUUAUUUGUAUCCCAAAUUUUGAUGCAAUGUGCUUUUUACUGCCUCGUCAUUUCAAACUAGAGAAUUGGUCAACUUAAAUAUGAGCAAGUCAUUGUUAGGAAA